AUUUUAAUUUCAAAAUGGAAACUGAUCUGUUUCAAUAUCCAUAGAUUUCCAUAGAUUAUAUUGAUUGUACCUGUUGAUCCAGCAUAUCCACUGAUUCAUCAUUCAUAUCACAUUCAGUGAUAACAUUCCAGAGAUUGUCCCAGAGUAUUAAAACAGUAUUAAAUUGAUAUGCCGGACUUUUGCCGGUAAUCCUUUAGUUCAGGUGAUCAUAAUUGACAAUGGUACUGGAUAAAAUACAAGAGCAACUUUUAGAAGAGAAAUGUAUUCUCAUAAAUGAAGAAGAUAAAGUGAUUGGAGAAGCAACAAAAAGAGAAUGUCACCUGAACAGUAAUAUAAAGAAAGGAAUGCUUCAUAGGGCAUUUAGUGUCUUCUUAUUUAACAACGAUAAUGAAUUAUUACUUCAACAAAGGUCUGAUGCAAAGAUAACAUUUCCUGGUCGUUUUACAAACACUUGUUGUAGCCAUCCAUUGAGCCUUCCUCAUGAAUUAGAAGAUAAAGAUUUUCUUGGAGUAAGAAGAGCAGCUCAACGUAAACUCAAUCAUGAACUUGGUAUUGAAGCUAGUCAGGUUCCUCUUGAAGACAUCAAUGUGAUUACAAAAAUUCAUUACAAAGCACCUUCUGAUGAAAAGUGGGGAGAGCAUGAGAUUGACUAUGUCCUGUUUAUCCAGAAAGAUGUGGAUAUUCAAAUGAAUCCCAAUGAAGUAAAAAGUUUUUGUUUUGUGAAUCAAAAGAAAAUGAAAGAUAUUUUGCAAGAUGCUGAAGAUAAGAAGAUAAUUAUUACUCCUUGGUUUGACUUAUUGUGCAAGACAUUUUUGUUCAAAUGGUGGAAUAAUUUGAAUAAUCUAGAAAAGAUGAAGGAUAUAAACACUAUCCAUAAAAUGAUUGAAGAUUGAUGCACUGAAUCAUUGGAAGUGGUUUUUGAUAAAAUAGCUAAUAUAAAAUUGAAUCUUUCGUAAUUAUUGUUAACAAAUUAAUAUGUUUUUGAAGAUAAUUUCAUAUAUACAGGCACGAUAUUUAUUAUAAACCUAUCUUAUUAUUUGUUUCUAAAAUUCGUCAGAUAUGCGAUAGUAUACUCGUACAAGACAUGUUAUGGUAGAGAAGAAUAUGAAGCCAACGCAGCGUCUUAAACAAAAAACGAUCUGGACAGUUAACGUACAAUUAAAUUGCGAUAUAAUUUGGUAGAGCGAAAAUACAUCUUACUCUUCAUUAUAUUAUAUUGCGAUAUAGUUUCGUAGAGCGAAAACCAACUUAAAUAAAUUUUUCCUUGAAGCUGAUCAUCCUUGCCUCUUUGGCAUGAAUGAUGCACAGUUUAAUAAUCUGAAGUAACUAAGAUAGGAUACUUUGGAAGUGCUGAAGUGGGGCUUAACUGACCCUAAGAACUGACUGAUUCUGCUGCGAUGUAUCACUAUAUUAGCUCUUCAAACCAUAUUUAUAAACUGAAAGUAUCUUUGUCGAGCUUAAAAAACAUUUAUGCCCGCGAAUAUCAACUUUAUUGUUAUGUAAUAUUUACUUAUCGCGCUGUUAACUCGUCGGGCUACCCGUAACCCGUCCUAGGAAGAAAUGGGAAUUGAGUGGAUUGGAGUGCUUAUACUACCUUGUCCUUGGUGCACAGGUCUAUAUAAUUAAAAGACUAGACUAUAUAAUUAAAAGUGCUUCUGUCUCUGCGAGUGACUCUAGGUCUAGGAAGCUGUCUAUAAUUUAUCAAAUGUUUGAUGUUAUUCCAUGGCCAUGGGAACAUUCGUAUGUUGUACAUAAGAGGUAUGUGCAUACAGCUUGUUCUCAGUAAAUACUCAUCACAACGAUAUUACCUGUGAAUUCCUAACCUUCGCUACCGUAGCUGUUUCACCCGGCAUCUGUACGCCAAUAUAUAAACAUACAACAGACGAUAACUGAAGUUGAUAUGUUAUGUGUAACUGCAUGUGUAAGUUGAAUUUCGUUUGAGAGUCACGCAAUCUACUAACACAAUGAAACUAG